GCUACAGUCAAGUUAAAUAUAACUGUGUUGAGAUGAUUUAGUGUAGGACUUACUGUGAGCCAAAUCUUAGGAGCAGUACAACGGUAAACCACGAACAAUGAAUGAUUUUUUCAUCUUGAUUGUUUUAGCAGCCACUUUUGCUAACUCACAAGCAUGGGAUAAGAUCAGCCUACACCCGAUCUGCUUCGAGGCUACUGGUAAUCAACCUGGUAGAGUGCUUCAUUAUGGAGAAAGUAAACUUGUCAGUGCCUUACGUCUUGUUUGGUUGUCAGGAGAAGUCAGAUGUGUUUCUGAUGUAGCUUACARCAGCAAAUGGGGAUGUUAUCGUCAUUCUUCUUUCAAUGGUUACAACCUCAAUGUCAUCAUCACCGAUUUCAACGACAAUAUCAUCUUCCCUAAACCCCAGUACAUCAAACAUUCUGCUGGUCUUUGGUACUGGCUACCAGGUGUCGAUGAGAAGCAUUCCAACGAAAUAGUGUUCACGGAUUUUGCCACACCUUUCUACUUGAGACAAGGUUCCGAACUCAAGAUUUGGUACGGUGAAGACCUGAAGAACUGGAGUGAAGGUGACAAUCAAGGUCGCGUGUGCGUGGAUGUCUAUGCCCGUUUCGUCUAGGCUGAAUCGAUUUCGUGCUAUUCAUGUAUCUAGAUUAGCAUGGGGACUAGUGCCGAUAAGCCCCUUUUUUUUGAGGAGAAAGGAAGACCACAGAACUCGGAGAAUAGACCUCUUUACCUUAGUUGUGUGUUGUGCACAUUUCAAACCAUAUGRUGCCACUCUUGGGAGUUAAUUCUUUGAUAUGUAAAUAUUUGAACAUGUUUGUCAUAAAAGACCAAUUCUCAGGGGAAUGUCAUGUGUUCUGAAAUUGGUAAUUUCAAGUGAGCAUAUAUAAGAGAGGGAAACUUCUUAAUAACGCGCGUGCCAUGUAAAUUCCCGGUUGGGCUAUUUUUA